AUGAGCCGGCGUCAGUGCUUGGAGAGCCUCAUCGCCGCUGAAGGCUACGACGCCAUGGAAUCGGUUGUUUGCCUCUUCGAUUCACGCCUUGAUUUAUGCUUGCUUCCUGCAGGGGAGAAAAUCACGCUGCGGCAAAUACGAAAUGGAACGGAGCUGCAGCCCAUCACCCAGGACAGAAGUUAUGAUUUUAAUUACCAGGAGUAUCGGCUCCUCAGCGAGCCGCGACGCGUAAUGCCGCGUCCCGUCCGAAGGUCGUGUCCGAGUACUGCGGUUUUUGAUGUUGCUGGAAAUGCCCGGGGCGGUUUCUGA